AUGUCGACAUUCGGCUCGCACUUCCGCGUCACCACGUACGGCGAGUCGCACUGCGCCUCCGUCGGCUGCAUCGUCGACGGUGUGCCGCCAGGCAUGGCGCUCGAGCCGCAGGACAUCCAGACGCAGCUCUCGCGCCGCCGCCCCGGCCAGUCGAACCUCACCACGCCGCGCGACGAGAAGGAUCGCGUAGAGAUCCAGUCGGGCGUGGAGCGCGGCGUGACGCUCGGCACGCCCAUCGCCAUGCUGGUGCGCAACCAGGACCAGCGCCCGCACGACUACACCGACGACACGCUCGACGCCUACCCGCGCCCCUCGCACGCCGACUUUACCUACCUCGAAAAGUACGGCGUCAAGGCGAGCUCCGGCGGCGGACGCUCGAGUGCGCGCGAGACCAUCGGUCGGGUGGCCGCGGGUGCUCUCGCCGAAAAGUAUCUCGCCGAGGCGUUUGGCGUGGAGAUUGUGGCGUUUGUCUCGAGUGUGGGCAAGGUGCAUGUGCCGCGCUACCCGGGCGAACAGCUGGCCAAGGAUGUCGUUGUCGCCGCUGCAAAGACGGACGCUGCCGAGGGCAAGUCGUUCUACGGCGAGUCGGCCACCGAUGGCCCGCCGCAGACCAAGGUGGACAAUGUGAUCGACACGCAGGGGCUCACCGAGGAGGAGGCCGAGGAGCCGCUGUCCAGGGAGUUCCGCGAGCUGCUCGCCACCAUCACGCGCGCCAAGGUGGACGAGAACGCCAUCCGAUGCCCGCACGAGCUCGCGGCCGAGCGCAUGCGCCAACGCAUCCUGCUCGCCAAGGCGAACAACGACUCGAUCGGGGGCACGGUGACGUGCAUCAUCCGCGGCGUCCCCAGCGGCCUGGGCGAGCCGUGCUUCGACAAGCUCGAGGCGAAGCUGGCGCACGCCAUGCUCUCCAUCCCUGCCACCAAGGGGUUUGAGAUCGGCUCUGGCUUCCGGGGCACCGAGGUGGCGGGUAGCAGGCACAAUGACAAGUUUGUGCUCAAGGAUGGCGGAAGGUUGGGGACGGUGACCAAUUGGAGUGGCGGUAUUCAGGGCGGGAUCAGCAAUGGCGAGGAUAUCUACUUCCGCGUGGGGUUCAAGAGUCCCGCUACGAUUUCGCAGGACCAGGCGACGGCGACGUACGAGGGCAAGGCGGGCACGCUCAACACGCGCGGCAGGCACGAUCCGUGUGUGGUGCCGCGCGCGGUGCCCAUCGUCGAGGCCAUGGCGGCGCUGGUCGUCAUGGACGCUGUCAUGGCGCAGGAUGCUAGGGCUAGGGGGGCGGAAAGGCUCAGUAGGGCGCCUGUACAGGCUCUGCCGAACAGUAUGAAGAUGCCGCCCAAGCGUGUGUGA